AAUUAUACCUCUGUUUUCAGAAGUGUUAUCCUUUUCGCAAGCUCUUUCCAUGCCGCUUCAUCAGCUGCCAUAUGCUUUUUCAUACCCCACGUGAAAUUUGAUGCAGUCUCCAGAACAUUUUCCAGCGUUUCCAAAUAGUUAUCCGAAACUUCAUCACCAGGUGGUUCGGAAAUAAUUGCUUGAAGCUGGGGAUUAUCAGAACCCAAAGAUGCACCAAUAUCGGUUCUUUCACCACCGUGUGAUGAUUGUGACAAUUUCGCUUUUUCAGCUGCUUCCGCCGGAGUUUCCUUGCCACUUUUGCUACUGAGCGUCUUUGAUGGCAAGCUUUUUUCGGUUUGCGUUUUUUCAGUCUUCGCCUGA